AUGGCAUCAGUCGGUAUCACGGAGCUUCCUGUGCUGCCCAAGCUAAGGAUAGCCGUCUUCCCAACCAGCUGUGAGCUAUUGCCUGCAAAACAGGUCUAUGUUAAACUUCAUGGGACUAGCGACAGCAACCGUCUGUAUCUGGCUGCAAUGGCGGGGGACUGGGGUGCUAUCAACGACUUUUUGGGAGUUAUCCUCGAUCAUCCUGAAGACAUGGAGCAGGCCCUGUUGCGCGGUCUUCAGGGGCCCAAAUCGCUCAGUCACCAACCACAGGAAGACAAUUGGGGCUUUUAUCGAGAGACAGGGCAGCGCGACUUGAAUCUUAACGAGAACAGCAAUUUCUCCAAAUAUGACCUUGAUUUUAACGGGCUCUCGCGACGCUGA